UUAUCAAAACCAAGAGCCCCUAUUUUGGUAAGAACAAACAAUAUACUUUGAAUACGCACGUUAGUAUUUUCAUACUAUUACAAAUUACUCCAUUGAAUACAUGCGUUAGUAUUUUCGUAAUCCCAUGGAAAUACCUCAAAAUGUGACACAAUAAUAUUCCAAAAUUUGGAACUAAGAAAUAUUAUAAAUUCCAAAAUUUCCCCAACCCUUUCCUUUCACAUUGAAAUCCAUUUGAGUUUCAGAGUGUGUUUUUUUUACAAUACGAUUUUCUAAACUACCCUAUAAAAAAUAGAAUUAAACCCAAUGUAAGGAGACAUACACUGCACGAACAACUUUGUACAUCUUUCAGACUCACAGUAUAUCUCUGACCAAAAAACAAGACUCACAGUGUAUCUAAAAAUACAAAAAUUAAAGUUGGGAUUCUUCUAUGUGAUAUGUCAGAGGUGUUGAAUUGAAAAAUUAUAGAAAAAAGAGACAGAAAGUGAGAAAUCUCACCAUCCUUAGGGAAAAAGAAAACUGAAAAUCAUAAAAAAGGAAGAAAAUAAAACGUGGAGGAGUGAAAGGCGACCAGACACGAGGAAGAAUAUCCACGUCCAUUCCAGAGCGAUCCUUCUCCGUCUCUCAUAUAUCUUUGGCUCUUCCCCACUUCACCUCCUCCUCCAAUUUCCACUGCAGUUAAUAUAUUAAGGGCACUGGGCAGUUAUAAUCUGUGUUACCGGUACGCUCUUAAUUACCAUUAAAUCCGAUCCAACCCAAUCACCCAACAUUGAAGAAGAUGAGGCCCCAUCUCUCCCAACCCUCAUUUCAGCGUCUUGUUUCUAUCUUCUGUGAACGGUGAGGACUGAAUUGUUGUGAAUUUAUGAUCCAUACCCGAAAACCCAUCAACCCAUUUGCCCAAAACCAGCAUCACCUUCCUUCCCUGUGCCUGGUGAUUGAUUUGGUUACCAUUGAAGGUUGAAGAAGACGAAGAAUUUGAAGAAAAGGAGAAUUGGGUUCUUAUGUCAGGGGCAAAGCCGGCCGCUGAGCAUGUCGGCUUCCCCAACGGGGACGCAAACAAGCCCAGUGCUGACGGCUGCUGCAACCCAGUGAAGAAAAGCGGACCCAUUUCCAUGGAUCACGUUCUUCUGGCCUUGCGCGAGACCAAGGAGGAGAGAGAGAUCAGACUUCGAAGCCUUUUCAAUUUCUUCGAUGCUACGAAUCUUGGGUACUUGGACUAUCCACAGAUCGAGGCCGGGUUAUCGGCGCUUCAGAUUCCGCCGGAGUACAAGUACGCCAAGGAUCUUCUGAAGGUUUGCGAUGCCAACAGAGAUGGAAGGGUCGAUUAUCUCGAGUUCCGAAGGUACAUGGAUGACAAGGAGCUCGAGCUGUAUCGGAUUUUUCAGGCCAUUGAUGUUGAGCACAAUGGCUGCAUUCUGCCUGAAGAGCUUUGGGAUGCUCUUGUCAAGGCUGGGAUUGAAAUGGAUGAUGAGGAACUCGCGCGUUUUGUAGAGCAUGUUGAUAAGGAUAACAAUGGAAUUAUAACUUUUGAAGAAUGGAGAGAUUUUCUUCUACUUUAUCCACAUGAAGCAACGAUUGAGAACAUAUAUCAUCACUGGGAAAGGGUAUGCCUUGUGGAUAUAGGAGAGCAGGCUGUUAUUCCAGAAGGAAUUAGUAGGCAUGUUCAUAGGAGCAGAUACUUUAUUGCAGGGGCUAUAGCAGGUGCCGCUUCUCGUACUGCUACUGCUCCUCUUGAUCGCUUGAAGGUGGUUUUGCAAGUUCAGACUGCACGUGCUUCUGUAGUUCCCGCUAUAAAGAAGAUAUUGAAGGAAGACGGUAUCCUAGGGUUUUUCCGAGGUAACGGAAUAAAUGUUGUGAAGGUAGCACCUGAAAGUGCUAUCAAGUUCUAUACUUAUGAAAUGUUAAAAAAGGUCAUUGGAGAUAGUAUGGGGGCAGACUCGGGAGAUAUUGGUACUUCGGGUAGACUUUUGGCUGGUGGUAUAGCAGGUGCAGUGGCACAAACUUCUAUCUAUCCUUUGGAUCUUGUGAAAACUCGAUUACAGACUUGCACUUCAGAAGCUGGAAAGAGUCCUCAGUUGAGGACAUUAACUAAGGAAAUAUGGAUUCAUGAGGGACCCCGGGCCUUCUAUAAAGGUCUGUUUCCGUCUCUUCUUGGGAUUAUCCCCUAUGCUGGCAUCGACCUCACGGCCUAUGAGACCUUAAAAGAUAUGUCAAGGACAUAUAUUCUUCAAGAUAGUGAACCUGGUCCUCUAAUCCAGCUGGGCUGUGGGACAAUAUCUGGAGCUCUAGGAGCAACAUGUGUUUAUCCAUUGCAGGUUAUCCGAACCAGAUUGCAAGCUCAACGUUCUAAUACAGCUGCUGCUUAUAAAGGAAUGUCUGAUGUAUUCUGGAGAACCCUUCAGAAUGAAGGCUAUACAGGUUUCUACAAGGGAUUGUUUCCAAAUCUUCUCAAAGUUGUGCCAGCCGCAAGCAUUACAUAUAUGGUAUAUGAAGCCAUGAAAAAAAAACUAGAUCUGUAGUGAGAGUUGGUAACUACAUUGAUCUUGUAGUUAGAAAUUGUAACGGAGUUGAUGAUGAAGAAAAAGAAAAUGAUAUUACUAGUUAAGUAGGCGAUAUGAUUGUUAUAUGACAGAUGGUUUCCCCCUUCAGGAUAUGGGGCAAAGGAUUUUCAAUUUUGUAGUCAGAAAGUCUUUUCCGGGAUUUAUGGAAACUUACUAUUGAGAAACCAGGUUACAGCCCAUUUUGAAUUUCACAGCAAAGGUGGUAGGUAUUAUCUUGUUCCUUUUUCCUCUGUGUUUGUUGACUAUAUCAUUAAUGAAUACUGAAAAUUUAAAAGUUUCUGU